AUGAGACCAAUUAACUCUGGCGAGCUCCGUGGAAACGUCACACCGCCCAGCUCUAGACUCGCGAGGAGCAUGACAGUUGAUGCGAGAAUCGUGAUACUUCCAACCCAAUCAACCGCCUUCAAGCCUUCCAAUAGGGGAACUCCUACAUCAUCGACAUCGAGGAAGAAAAGAAGCACAAAGAAGGUGAGGCCACACAAUGGAAGAUUGAUGAACCAAAUCCACUAGGCAUAUCCCAUGUCAGCAAUAACUUCAUUUUGAUUAGAUAAAAUUCUUUACUUACUCUCCACGACAAGUUAUCUGCAAUUGCCCCCCCAAUCAAUGGUCCUGUGCCUGAUGCUAAUGCCCACACUAUGCCAGUUAGAGCAAGAUAGAACCCACGUUCUCUACGCCACUCAUGUCAGUAUCAACGUCGCUUAUUGUGGGAGGAGUUUGACCUUACUUCAAAUCGAAAAGGUCGCUAAUGCAUAUGUUCACCAGAACUAUUAA